AUGGACGCAUAUCCAGAAGACUACGUCAACCACAACCUUCCUCUAGUCCUCCUGUCAGGGCUUGAGGCAAGUACUGAGACGCCCUCAGAAGCUGGCGCCGAAUAUCCCUUGCUGGUCGAGAAGGGUCCCAAAGUAUUCUCGGACUUUCCCCUUUUGAGCGGGGCCGUUGCGGAGAAUCUGCGGACAGUGCUCUUGGAAGAAGAUGCCUCCCAGAAAUCUUGGAAGCCAGUCUCCGGCUCGAAUGGGCCUGCAUCGCCUUCCUAUGUAGGUGUUAAGGUCAAAAAUGUGGGCCGGUCAUAUCAGCUCCCACCUCGCAAAGCCAACCCUCCUCAAAGUUCACCGCCAGCAAGUCCUAUACCAGGCUCUGAGAACGGGCCUCCCUCAUUUGUCCUUCACUCCCCCAUAUCUCCUUUAUCGCCACAGUCUCCCACUUUCCCAGAUGGCCUGCUCACCCCGCUCUGGGUGAUGAAGCAUCAAGAAUUAGUGCCCGCGGCAGUAAUCAAUUUCUUCCCCUCUUCACUGGAUCCCAACAUGAACUCGUUGCGGGACAAUCAGCUGAAGAUUGAAAUAAACUCUUUGAAGAAGGAAUGGGCAGAGUCCGGGUUUCGAACUCGGUUUGUGGUUGUUUUGAUUUCGGAAGAGGGAGACGGAGGCUAUGAGGGAGAGAUUGAUGACCGCAUCGGGGGGAUCAGGCGUUCUACAAAUUUAGAUCAGAAGUCGAUCUUCAUCAUCCCUCCGGACGCUACAUUGUCAGAGCUGAAAGAGUUUGCGACGUCGUUGUUCUCCUUGCUUCAGCCCUCUGUUGUGGAAUAUUAUCGAGAUUUGUCUAAGCACGCCCGCCGCAAGCGGAACCGAGGCACUAUUCCCCCACCUACAGCUCCGCCCACGACUGGAACUUCACAAACGCUGUCUUUUCAGGGGUGGAACGUUCGGUAUGAAUUCAAGCUGGGGAUAUUUGCCGAAUUUCGGCAGGAAAUGGAUGCUGCAUGCCGGAACUACGAGAGUGCAUAUGGCACUCUUUUCGGACAGGAAGUGUUCGAAAAUAUCGCGGGAUGGAAUCAGAGGUUCGACGAAGCUCGUCUGCUCGGCGACGCUCUCGCCAUUCGCAUUAUUCGUUGCCUGUUGUGGACAAACCAGACGACCUCCGCCACACGAUUUUGGGUGGACCAUCGGAUUCGCACAAAAGAUAUCCUCGAUAGAAGAGGGAAAGGCAGUAAGAGUUAUGGGUGGGAGGCCUGGGAAGCCCGCUGGUCCUUGAUUAUGGCCCAACUCAUUCGCCGCGCGGAGAUCUCUCUCAUCUCGGGUCCGCAAGGGCUGGAGUCUUCAACAAUUUUCAUUCAUCCCGAAAAGUCCAUCCCUCCAACCGAAAUAGUAAGCCCAUGGGAGCACCUUCACCAUGAAGGCUAUUGGUACAAUCGAUCGGCAAGGCAUACAAAGGCCCGAAGAGCUCUGGCGCAUCAAAUCCCUGCAGAAGAUCGAUUACCGCCGGGUUCAUCUCCUGCUUCUCAAGUGGCUGGUAAAUCCUACCUGUAUGAUACAUAUCUUGCCCCGGAACCGCAUAUUGAAUUUCCUCAAUCUGGGCAAGACGGCUUUGAUCACUCGCGUCUGAUUAUCGAUACCCUGCGUGCCUCAAUGGAAGAGUUCGAAAAGCGGCACCAAAUUCGCAAGGUAGAGAGUUUAAGUUUGGAAAUUGCGCAAGAAUACAUGCGUACCGGAUCCUGGUCCCAAGCAUAUGACGUUCUUCGCCCACGCUGGUCAGGUCUUACUUGGCGCAAGUCCGGAUGGUGGCCUUUGAUGGAAAGCUUCGGAUGGGCUCUAAGGGAGUGUGCGCAGGAGGUGCAGGACUGCGAGACCGUACUGCGGGUGGACUGGGAGCUUUUAAGCAACGUCUUCGUCCCCAGGCCUCAGUGGGGAUAUGAUAUACAUAAAAGCCUGGAAGAGCUCCCUGCUGAGAAGCCUAAACCAUCCGUUGUCCUCGGCGGCGGGGACGUCGUUACCCCUUUGACUGCCUCUCUUAUCUUCGAAAAGUCAGAGGGCAAUGUGGGCGAGCCUUUGAAGGCCCAAUUCAUCAUUUCUUCAUUAGCUCAAAAACAUUCAGCCCCGCUCAAGCUUUCUGAGGUCAAACUUGUAUUCGAAGGGUGUCUCCGACCUGGGAAGCUCUAUUCCGACCAUGAUCAACAAUCGGAUGUCACAUCUAAGUCCUGCAUUUCUUCGGUCUCUCUACGUGAACCUAGCACUCCAGGAGAUUCAUCAAUUCAAUCGCCCACCAGUGCAUUGUCUCCAUUAAUUGGCGUGGCUGACUUGACGAUUGCACCAUCUCAGACCAAAAUAUUUAACCUCACUUGCAUUCCUCGGGAGGCUGGAGAAGCACAGGUUGCUUCCAUGGCGUUCCUAGUGGAGGAGGAAAAGUUUGACUUGACCUACGUAAUAACAGACAACGCGUAUGCUCAAUCGCAUUGGUGGCAACAGACCAAAAAGGGGCCGACUCGCCGACGGGUUGGCAAAGAUCGGGAUACCAGACGAUGCAAAAUCAUGCCAAAGCCCCCAAAGAUCCGUUUGUCUGUGCCUAACUUGAAGGAGACAUAUUACACCAACGAACGUGUUGCCCUGACCAUCAGCAUCCAUAACGCAGAAGACGGGACUGCUGAUGUCACGACUGAGCUUCGCCUGUUCGGAAGUUCAGAGUCAACAACGUCUCUCAACUGGCUGGAUUCGGAAGAGUCCUCUGAACCUGCAGAUGCAAGUGCUGACUCAUUGAGUGAUGGACUUUCUUCUCAUUGCUUGAAACGAACUGUUGGGCUCAUGGAGUGCUCCUCUGAUAAAGAACUCGUGGUUAUCCUGGAAAACACCCAGGAUGCAGUGAAAUACACGUUGGAGAUUUCCACUGUCUACCACUUGAUUUCUGAUAUCCAAACUCCCAUUAGCAAGACAAUCACCGUCGAUUUAUCUUUCAUUCGUCCAUUCGAAGCGAACUACGAUUUCCGUCCACAACUUCAUGGUCAACCUUGGCCUAACUUUUUCGAUGUCAAGGACGAACUUGUUCUCGAUGCCUCCCCUUCUACCGCCGGCGGGCUGAUACAGCGUUGGUGCCUGAACUCGAAGCUUGUUUCUUUUGCCUUGGAACCUAUCGUGAUAAACAAGAUAUCCUUGAAGCUCCUGGAUUUGGAUGGCGGUGCAGUUUGCCAAAUCGAGCCAGAGGCACUCGUCAGCCCGGAAGUACCACAUAUUGCACCAGAAGAGCUGCGCGAGUCCAACUUCUUCCUUGAUCUGCAAAAGUUGAAAUUAGGAGACCGACGACAGUCUACACUCGACCUAGUGCUGGAGAUCGCUUGGCGUCGCGUAUCUGAAAGUCCCAGCAGCGAACAUGACGAGACCCUGACCACUCUCGGUGUACCUCGCCUAGUUGUUCCGAUGGGGGAGCCUCGGGUCCUUGCCUCCGCUACUCCCUCAGCCAAUCUGCCUGGUAUGAUCCAGCUGGAUUAUACUCUGGAGAACCCAUCUACCCACUUCCUCACAUUCAACUUGAUGAUGGAAGCCAGUGAACACUUUGCCUUCAGUGGGCCCAAGACAACCGUGGUCCAGCUCGUACCAUUGAGUAGGCAUACUGUUCGAUACAAUCUUCUGGCUGCGCGCCGAGGACUGUGGAUCCAGCCUCAGCUGGUGAUUGUGGAUACCUAUUUCAACAAGACCUUACGGGCCCUCCCAACAGGAGAUCUGCGCGCCGAUAAGAAGGGUAUCCUGGUAUGGGUUGACGCUGAUGAUUGA